UAUUUUGCGCUGUCGUAGAACCCACGUGUCCACGGCGGAGUCUGCCAGAGCCGAGAGAAGCGCCCGGGCGCGACUGAGAUGCGCAGCCACGGCAGAGGGAGCCCGGCGGCUCGCAGCUAGCCGGCACCUGGAGCAGGAUUCCUCCCCCCACCUCCCGCUUUCCCCGUGGACAAAGAGCAGGAAAAACUCUCUCGUGUAGACCCUCCUCCGGCUCGAAGGCUCCCUGGGCUGCCUGCAGCUCUGCACCCCGCUCAGGCAGCGCGGUACCAGGGCACCUCAGCGCGAUGCUGAAGCCCGGCGACGCCGGCGGAUCCGCGUUCCUGAAGGUGGAUCCCGCCUAUCUGCAGCACUGGCAGCAGCUUUUCCCGCAGAGCAGCCAGCUGAAGAGCAGUGGAGCCCUCGCCCAGCUCCAGCCGCCCGAGAGAACCGAGCCCCCGGCCGAUAGCCUCCGCCAGCGCCCCGCAUCCCUCUCCUCCGCCUCCUCCUCCUCUUCCUCGUCCACUCCGUCUUCCUCCGCCACCUCCUCGUGCGUGGCAGCGGCUGCCGCUUCCCUGGCCGGCUUGACCUCCCUGCCUGUGACCCAGCUGCCGGUUUUCGGGCCGCUGCCGAGCUCCGAACCCCCGGCCGGGGGAGCGCCCGCCGCCCUGCAGGGCAAAGACUUGUGCGGAGCCGCUGGUGGCAAAUGCGGGGCCGCUCGGUUCCGCUGCACGGCCGAGGAGCUGGACUACUACCUGUACGGGCAGCAGCGAAUGGAGAUCAUCCCCUUGAACCAGCACACCAGUGACCCCAACAACCGAUGUGACAUGUGUGCAGACAACCGCAAUGGCGAGUGCCCCAUGCAUGGGCCCCUCCACUCCCUGCGGCGUCUGGUGGGGACCAGCAGUGCUGCUGCAGCAGCUCCUCCACCUGAGAUCCCAGAAUGGCUCCGGGACCUGCCCCGGGAAGUGUGCCUGUGCACCAGCACAGUGCCUGGCCUUGCUUACGGCAUCUGUGCAGCACAGCGGAUCCAGCAGGGCACCUGGAUUGGGCCCUUCCAGGGAGUCCUGCUCUUGCCAGAGAAAGUUCAAGCAGGAGCCAUCAGAAACACUCAGCAUCUCUGGGAAAUAUAUGACCAAGAUGGGACACUGCAGCACUUUAUUGAUGGCGGAGAACCCAGUAAGUCAAGCUGGAUGAGGUAUAUCCGAUGUGCAAGGCACUGCGGGGAACAGAACUUAACAGUGGUUCAGUACAGGUCAAAUAUAUUCUACCGGGCUUGUAUAGAUAUCCCCAGGGGCACCGAGCUAUUGGUGUGGUACAAUGACAGCUACACAUCUUUCUUUGGAAUUCCUCUCCAGUGCAUCGCACAAGAUGAAAAUUUGAAUGUCCCUUCGACUGUAAUGGAAGCCAUGUCCAGACAAGACACCCUACAGCCAUUUAAUAAAAGUAGCAAACUAUCCCCUGCCACUCCACAGCGAUCCGUAGUAUUUCCACAGACUCCGUGUAGCAGAAAUUUUUCUCUCCUGGAUAAGUCUGGGUCCAUCGAGUCAGGAUUUAACCAGAUCAGUGUCAAAAACCAACGAGUUCUUGCAAGCCCAACUUCAACAAGCCAACUAAAUUCUGAGUUCAGUGACUGGCAUCUUUGGAAAUGUGGGCAAUGCUUUAAGACUUUCACCCAGCGGAUCCUCUUACAGAUGCAUGUGUGUACGCAGAACCCUGACAGGCCCUACCAGUGUGGUCACUGCUCCCAGUCUUUCUCCCAACCUUCAGAGCUGAGGAAUCACGUAGUUACACACUCCAGUGACAGGCCUUUCAAGUGUGGCUACUGCGGUCGAGCCUUUGCUGGUGCCACAACACUCAACAACCACAUCCGGACACACACUGGAGAAAAACCGUUCAAGUGCGAGAGGUGUGAGAGGAGCUUCACACAAGCCACCCAGCUGAGUCGACACCAGAGGAUGCCCAAUGAGUGCAAGCCAAUAACAGAGAGCACAGAAUCAAUUGAAGUGGAUUAACUGAUUGACUGGUUGGAAUUAAACUGCAAGGAAAGUCAUGAUUAAAUGUCACGGACACUUAAGCAAAACCAAAGAUUUCCUCUGAGCAACUUUCAAUCAGUUCCAGAAAACCAAAAGCAGUAAUAAAAUAAGUAAGAUGUUAAGAGAUAUUGAUCCUGGCAUGGAAGUGAGACCAGGAAAGAGAUUAUUUAUUUAUGACUAGGGGUGAGUCUUAUUUCAAUUGACAAGUUACUUGGGACUGUUAACAUUUCAAGUCCCGCCAUGUAUUGCUUUAAUUCUAAAAGCCUUUAUAAUUGUUAUUUAAUGCCAAAGUGAGGAAUCUCAAGGGUUCUUCUGCCCAUAGUUAUGACUGAGAAUGCACAUGGACUUGUUUAUUGUCGCACCUUUUUUGUAGCAUGACUCAAAGGACCCAAAAGUAAUCUGUACGUUUGGCUGGGCUGGGCUAAGUUGAUCUUGACAUGGCUGUAAUAGAAAUUGCUGUGUGGGAUAGGAAGUGAUCAAGAGCUAUAUCUGGGUCAGUGUCAGCCUCCUCAGACCAAAGGGCUUUUCAUUUCCAUAAUCUCAUGUCUCACACCGUGCACUUUUUCAUGCAAGUAGUUUCAUUCAACAGCAUUGUUUUGGCACAGAUAUUCUAGAAAAAAAAAAAAAGAAAAAAAAGGACAAAAAAGAAAUGUUGUAUAGCUGCAAAUAAACAUUAUAUAAAGAAGACAGUAGGAAAACUAUGUUAAACUAAUAGAGCUCUCAAAUUCAGUCUAAUAGCUAUGAAAGAAAGAGACUGUAAAAAAUAUUUUAAAUGUUUAAGAUUCCAGUCUAUGUGUAAAUUGUAUUAUGAGGAGCAAAAUACUUAAAAGGUGUUUUUUAUUUGGGUGAUUGAUUUAGUGGCUUGCUGAUUUCUAGGAAAACUGAUCAGAAAUCCAACUGUAGUCCAUUGAUAGUUUUACUCUGUUGGUUUGGAUCAAAUUGAAAAUGCUCCUGUGUUAGAUGAAACUUCCAACAUACUUGGGCUGAGCUUCAAAACAAAAGCUAAAUCUGAACUCAAACACUUUGUAAAUGGCUUGGAGGCUUCGUUCACUUCAUGGAAAAUUGCCUAGUGCAGUCAUGAAUGAAAGUAAGCCAAAAUAUUCCCAACAUCAAUGUAAAAAUUUCAGAUGUCAUUACAUUGGUUCAAUUUAACAACUUCCAUACUGGCUUUUAUCAAGCUUUUAUCCUUGAUGUAUUUCGUAUUUCAUGAUUUUGUCUGAUCAUGAAUGGUUUUCACUUUUAGAGACCAGCAGUGUUUGUUUAUAUAUUGAUUGUCUCAAUGCUAGAGCUGUAGUUUGAUAAAAAUGUAAAAAAAAUAAAUAAAAAAAUCACAAAAUCACAAAAAACCCAAAAAUAAACUACCACUGACAAGAAGAAAAACCUUAACAGUUCUGAAGUCAUGCUAUAUCACAAUGUAAAACUGCAAAAUAAAUUUGUGGAGAUUAUGGGGAUUAAAACAGAUUCAUUCAGUUUUGUACCAAAACUGAAGUGCUAUGUGGCUCGUAAGGGCUCUGUUGAUUAUAUUAAAUAUUUUGAAAACACUUAUGGGGAUGAUUUUAAAUAUGUAGAGAAUUAAGUAUUCAGUUCUGUAAAGGGCUAGACAGAAUCAGCUACAAACUUAAUAACAGCUUCAGACCAUUUAUGAGUUCCGCAAAGAGCUCAAGCAGAGAAAAAGCAUACCUUAAAAUUCAAAUGCAUUUAAGAGGAAUUUAAAAGCUACGUCAUCCUUCCUGCAGGAUGUUCAUUUAUUAUAAUGCAGAAACUACUCUGAAAAGUCUGGAGUUUCGAAGCUUGGCACGGAGUUACUUCAGGAGUUACUCUAUUUGUGUUUGGCCAUUGAAAGUGUACAACAGGGGAAAAAAAGAUUUUUUUCAACACAUUCUAGCAAGUACCAGAUUAUCGCUUAAAGAGGUUUCAAACGUAUGAAUUUUUCAGCUCUGUUUCUCAGUGCAGAGGUAUGGGGAGUGAGAAAUUCUCUCUGUUUCUUGCCUGAGUCUAUCCUCCAAACUAUGAGUGAUUCUUACCUACUAUAUAAAUGUGUGUGGUUUUUUGUUUUUUAGGUUUAAAGAAGCAUGGGAAACUGGGUAGGGCGAAUUAUGCCUUGAAGGUGACUAUUUGGACGCUGAUUUAUUCCUAACAAGGCUAAUAAAAAGAAAAAACAAAAUCUAAUCCUAAACUUUUCUGUUCCUCACACCUGGCAGUUCACAACUACUCUUAUUUAAAAGACAAAAUAAAGUAACAUCUUAGUGGGACUCUAGCUUUUAGUUAAUACUUGAACAGCAACUGUAAACCAUUUCUGCAAGCAAAUAGAGAUGCUCACAAAAAAAAAACCAACCAAAAAAACACCCAAAAAAUAAAACGAACCCCAAACCAAACCCAAAAAGCAGAAAUUUAUAUAGAGAGUGAGCAGGGAAAGGGUAUGGUGCUCUGAAAAGCAAAUGUGAGCUAUCUGUUAGAUCUUUGACUUGUGCUGUCGCAUUAUCUAACCACGCUUUCCUGUCCAGGGAUGUGUUUAGCGGUAGUUCAGAGCACUCAGCCUCUUGCAGAAAGGGAUUUAUACUUGCAUGAUAAAAUGCAAAUAGCAUGUAAGAAUGUGCUUACAGAUAUUGCAAGUUCCCUGCUGAUUAUAGAUAGUCUUAUUCAUAUGUUUUUAAUUAAACAUACGUCCAAAUGAGCGUGAAAUAAAGAUCAAUUAUUUUAAGAUUUUACUGGAUUUUAAAAAAAAUGUAACAAAGUAGAAUUUCUGCAGAGCUUACUUUUGUUUCUUCCAAAUAAUUACUUCUUGUGUAAAUCACUGUGUUGUGCCAGAUGCCUAAGCACAAUUUCAGUUGUUGUAUUAUUUUAUAAGUGGCACUUUCACAAACAUACCUGGCAGCAUGCAAAAACAAUUCAGCAAAACUCGGUGAUUUCAUAGCGGGGUUUUCUCCAGUGCAACAUUUGGUAUUCUGUUACAACUUAGCAAAUGUAAAAUUAACAGGGACGAGUAAAGUACAUGCUAGUUUUGGACUACACAGAAUCCAGUUCUUGUCUGCACCUCCCGAACGCUAGGUGAGUUUCUGUUCAUGCAUCAACAGAACAACUAUACAUUUAGGUCUAUUAUGAAUACAUUAUGUGUUUGCACACAGUACACUGAAGCAGUAAAUUUAGAACAAUUAUCUUUAAAUGUAGCAAUUAUGUGCCUGCCAUUUCAGAAUUUCUGAAGCACUUGGCAUCUCUGUUUUAUAGUCUGGUAAAUAAAUACAAGCUUGGUUUUUUUUAAACUUUUUCGUUCAACCCUGAACAUGUUGGAAGUCACAUUUAAAAACCGUGCCUAGUUCUGAUUUUUUUCCAGUACGGAAUUCAAUUUUAUACAUUCACAGAGUUAUUCCUUUCCGAAGGAUAUUAGUUUUUUUAUGAAGCUGCAGUUAUAAACCCAAAAUAUAAUCUUUUUUUAAUACAAUUUUAUUGUCUUCCCAUGAAAGAAAGCUGUGUUGGGAAUAAUUACAGCGUAUUACAUACUAGAAACUUACAAGCAAUGAUAUGUAUAUCUUUCAUUUUGGUAACAUCAUCUCUCCUUUUAAUUACUUUUUAUUAUUUGUAUGGUGCAGAUACAUUAUGCGACUGUUACAUUAUGUGAUGCUGUCUUAGAGCCUACAAAAUUAUGCGAUUUCAGAUGAAUAAGUAGCUGAAAGUCCAAAAGUAAGUCCUCAUUGUUUUUGCAAGUCAUCAAUUUCUAUGAUUUCUUUUUUUAAAUUACCAUUACAGCACUCUUAUGUUCCAUCCAAGUCUUUCUGUGGAUAAAAUUCCAGAAAAUAAAAUAUUCUGGGACUGCAUGAAGCUUUUUUCUUACAUUUUGUCUAGAUUUUGGAAAUUUUGACAUCAAGUCAAUCUGAAAAAGGGCAUAAAUCCACCCAAUAGAUGUAGAGUAUGCUGAAGGGGUCCUCUGUUGUAGUAAAAAUAAUAAUGACACUGUAAUUAGAAGGGUAAACAGCUUGCUUGAAUUUUUUAAACUUCAUAAAAUUACAUCUUUUUUACUGCAAAGGACCAAUUAACUCAUGCAUGUAGCUGUAUUCUUGUGAUAUCAAUUGUAAAGAUUACAUUGUGUUCAAAUGAAUAUAACAGGCACACAUUU